CGUUUCGACGUAACUCCUUGCGCAUGUCUGACAACACGUGCAGCAGCAGCAGCGGCACAACUUCCAUCUGUUAGCUUGUUAUUUGUUUCCGUAAAUAAGAUUUUCUCCCAGUGCUGUGGAGCGACAGCUCGUCUAUAAAUGGGGGGUCUUCAGAAGAAAAAGUAUGAGCGGGGCUCCGCCACCAACUACAUCACCAGGAACAGAGCACGAAAGAAGCUCAUGCUGAGCCUCCCUGACUUCAGGCGGCUGUGCAUUCUUAAAGGAAUUUAUCCACAUGAGCCAAAACACAAGAAGAAGGUGAACAAAGGCUCCACUGCUCCAAGGACCUUCUACCUGCUUAAAGACAUCCGGUUUCUACUGCAUGAGCCAAUUGUGUCCAAGUUCAGAGAGUACAAGAUCUUUGUGCGUAAACUAAGGAGGGCUUAUGGAAAAACAGAGUGGUCUGCUGUUGAAAGACUCAAAGAGAACAAGCCGGCCUAUAAAUUGGACCACAUUGUGAAAGAAAGGUACCCCACCUUUAUCGACGCACUACGUGACAUUGACGACGCCCUCUGCAUGGGUUUUUUGUUCUCCACAUUUGCCCGAACGGGAAAAUGUCAUGUGCAAACAAUCCAAUUGUGCAGACGCCUGACUGUGGAGUGGAUGAACUACGUGAUUGCAUCUCGUGCGCUCAGAAAGGUUUUCCUCUCCAUCAAGGGAAUAUAUUACCAAGCUGAGGUCAUGGGACAACUCAUUACAUGGCUGGUGCCAUAUCAGUUCUCCCAUGAUCACCCAACAGAUGUUGACUACAGAGUCAUGGCGACUUUCACAGAGUUGUACACAACUCUCCUGGGGUUUGUCAACUUCAGACUCUACCAGUCUCUCAACUUGGUGUACCCUCCAAAGCUGGAUAGUAAAGCAGAAUCAGAGCUCAAAGAAGACGAUGAAGAGGACUAUGCCAUGAAUUCAGAGAGCUACACUGAGAAACUUUCAGCUCUUAGUUCCAGCCUGGCACGUGUUGUUUCCUCAGAGGAGGAGGAGGAUGCUAAACUUGAUGAGUUUCCUGAUGAAGGGGAGGACAUGGAGAAGAUGGAAGCCAGGGAGAAGGAACAGAAACAGUUGGAAACCCAGAAAAAGAUAUUUGAGGGGCUCAAAUUCUUCAUCAACAGAGAAGUGCCCAGAGAGUCGCUGGCGUUUGUCAUCAGGUGUUUCGGUGGUCAGGUGUCCUGGGAUAAAUCUGUUUGCAUUGGAAGCACAUAUGAUGUCACAGAUGAGACCAUCACACAUCAGAUUGUUGACAGACCUAAUGUGGACAAACAGUACAUGAACAGGUACUACAUCCAGCCGCAGUGGGUGUAUGACUGUGUCAAUGCUAAAAUCCGCCUCCCUGUGGAGGACUACUUUCUUGGAGUAAAUCUGCCUCCUCAUCUGUCUCCAUUUGUGGAAGAGAAGGAAGGAGACUAUGUUCCCCCAGAGAAGCUGAAGAUAAUGGCCUUACAGCGAGGAGAAAAACUUGCUCAACAAGAUGAGGAAGAGGAGGAAGAGGAGGAAGAGGAAGAAGAUGAAAAUGAAGAGGAGGAAGAUGAUGAAGAGGAGGCCGAAGAGAAGAACCUCAAAAAGAUGGAGGAGCAAAGAUCUCAGGGGAAGUCUCUUCAAGUUAAAGUGACGCCUGGAAAAGUGAAGGUAGAAAAUCCCGCUCGCUUGGAGCAGGAGGAGAAGGCAGAGGAAAAACGUCUUGCCAUCAUGAUGAUGAAGAAAAAGGAGAAGUACCUGUAUGACAAGAUCAUGUUUGGAAAAAAGAGAAAAGUCAGAGAGGUGAACAAGCUUGCUGCCAAGAGGAAAGCGCAUGAUGAUGCUGAGAAAGCCAAGAAGAAAAAAGCAAGAAAAUAACUCCUUUGAUGAUUUUUGUCUGAACCUGACUUUAUGUAUAAAACUUUAUGAAUUAGUGGGGCAAGUUGGCAUUUCAUAAAACCUGAAACUGCAUCUGUGAGCUCUCUGCAUGAAGUAUAUGCAACCUCUGUGUGUGGUUGCAUUGGCCUCAUGUUAAUACAGAAAUCAAGGAUUCUCCGUCAUGCUCUGUAAUUAUUGAUUUAAAGCCAAUUCUUGUCAACUUUGAGUUUUCCUUCUCUACAUUGUAAAACAUUUGCCACAUUUUAAUGUCUGUUUGAAAUGACUUUAAUUUUAAAGUAAAAACUUAUUCAACUUCUAACAGAUCUGCUUAUUUUACAACUGUAAUUUAUAAAUUUUUUUACUUAUAUGGUGGCAGCCAUUUCACAUCGUGGUUCCAAUGCAUAUUUAUUUCUUGGAAAUUUUUUAUAGUUGUAAUACAAAACGACAGGCACACAAUAAGCUGCAGAUUGUGUGACUGAGUUAUUUGAAACACAAUAAGGUGGAAGAUAAUUACAUAGUGGAGUUCAAGCAGAGAGGUCAUUCAUUCUUUAGAAAAACCGUCAUCUAAUCCUUAUUUAAGAACAAAGAAAAGCAUAAAAGAAACUGUAAAUGGGGUCAUCCCAGUUAUUUACUAUUGUACAUUGAAUAAAAAUGGGAAAAUAAGAUGAAAACGGAAAACAACUAUUUUAGUGAAUCAAAGAUUUUAAAGACUGCCAGUAAUUAUAAGAAAGAAAAAGAUUUUCAUUUAACAGUUAGAACUAAAACAAUUAUAACAAUGUGAAGCCACACAAUAGGUUAUAGGUGCCACAAACUUCUAAUUGGUGAAGAAAAUGUGAAGAUGCUGCCUGACGUGAAGAGAAACUGCAUCGUUUUCUGGACUGAUGAAACCUUUAUAGGUAGUUUUGAAUUUAGUCUGACAGAGGAGCCACAAACGUUGAAUGGAAAACAAUAAUAUAAGGUGCUUCUCAAAAAACACUUGAGGUGUAUUCUUCUCAAACCACGAAUUAUGGGUCAAAAUGCUUUAGUGUUUUGUUUUCUUAGACUUAAGAGGAGAUGCUAUUAAACUGAGUUUUCCCAAUAAGACAGUGAACCUAAUACACCACAAUGCAAGAAAUAUUUUGGCUCUAAAUUGACAAGAUAAACUUUAUGAAGUGAACCCAAUAGAAAACCUUUGGGUUUAAUAUAAAUGUUUCUGAGCCAAACCCUAGAACUCCAGAGGAUCUAUGAAGGGAAAUUCAGUCCUGAGCUGGAAAAUCUGUCCAUCUCCAGAAGAUGUUCAGUUCCAGGCAACACAAGUGAGAAGCAGCUAAUAGAAACAUUGGAAAUACAGCUAAAUAUUAGUUAAUUGGAAAAAAAGAACUAUUGUUUUAUACCUAGGAUCCACCUGAAUAUGAGAUAGUCUUGCAAGCAUGCAUGAUUGUAUUGACUUUAUUAAUUGAACUUCAUUUAUCAGGGUCCCUUGAGACAACAGUUAUGAGUUGCUAUUUGUAGGUGAAUAGAUUCAAAGGAAAACUAAGUCUUAAAGAAUUUUUUUAUAUUUUUGCAGUUUGUGUUUUUCAAUUUUUAAAAAAAUGCAGACGCUGCUGUUUUGUUGACCCGACUAAUUCAUUUUUUUCUCACUUUCUGUUGAAUGAUGACAAAUUAACAAAUUUUUAUAUCAUGAUCUGCAUUGGAUUAGGUUGUGUAGUGUUCCCAGUUGAUUUGGCUGGAUGGAUAUAAAAGCUAUUAAAAUGUU